UCAUGACUUUACUUAGCUGUUCCAUGCAUCCAAGGUAAGGAUUCCCACAGAGCAAGUGCGGUGGACAGCUAAAAAGCUCAAUCUUGUAUCCAAAUUUCAACAUCUCUCUCCAUCACUGUACCAUACCUUCUACUCUUAUCAAUCUCCAUGACAAAUCUGCCUUGGCAUCCUAAAUUUUAAGCCCUAAAUCCCUUCUUGGCGUGCGUAGUUUUCUUGAAACGAAAUAAUUAUGGCGCUAAGCAACAACGUGAUCGGGGCGAUAAACUUCGUGGCGGUCCUCCUAUCGAUCCCGGUCAUCGGGGCGGGGAUCUGGUUGGCCACGCAGGCCGACAACUCAUGCGUGAAAAUCUUGCAAUGGCCGGUCAUCAUCAUCGGGGUCCUGAUCCUCGUGGUGGCGCUCGCCGGCUUCAUCGGGGGGAUCUGGAGGAUCCAGUGGCUCCUGAUAUUCUACCUCGUGGCGAUGCUGGUCAUGAUAGUGCUGCUCACUUGCCUGGUGGUGUUCGUGUACAUGGUGACGGUGCGAGGCCACGGCCACCCGGAGCCGAGCAGGGCCUACCUGGAGUACGAUUUGAACGACUACUCUAGUUGGCUAAGGAGGCGGGUCAAGAGCUCAUACAAGUGGGAUAACAUUAGGAGCUGCCUUAGCUCCACCAGCAUGUGCCCCGAGUUGAACCAGAGCUAUAGGAUGGCUCAGGAUUUCUUUAAUGCCAGGAUCAAUCCGUUACAGUCGGGAUGUUGCAAGCCACCGACGGAGUGCGGGUACACCUUCAUAAACCCGACGUACUGGAUCAGCCCGAUCAACACGGCCGCCGACAUGGACUGCCUGAACUGGAGCAACGACCAGAACCAGCUCUGCUACAAUUGCAACUCGUGCAAAGCUGGGUUGCUCGCCAAUAUGAAGAAAGAAUGGAGGAGAGCCGACAUCGUCUUGCUCAUAACUCUCGUGGCAUUGAUCUGGGUCUAUCUGAUCGGGUGCUGUGCCUUUAGGAACGCCAAGACCGAGGACCUCUUUCGCAGGUACAAGCAAGGUUACACUUAGUAUGUGUAAGAGAGAGAGAGAGGGUGAUGGUGGAGUUUUCUGAGGACUGGAGAUUGGUGAGAAAUGGGUUAGGUUUGGAUUGAAUUGGAGGGUUUCUUAGUUUGUGAGACUUUUUUUCUUGUUUAUUCAUCAUGGCUUUCAAUAUGUGAGAUCCCACUUUCUUGUUCAUAUUUGUUCCAAAAUUAUGUCUUGGGAUGAAAAGUUAUGGUACAAUCUCGAGUGUCGAAGAUAUAAUUUAAAAUCGUUGACUAUGAAC